GGGCGGGGUGUGAAUGUAGCGGCGAUUCACGCCUCUCACGCGAGCACUGCACCUGUCUAAAUCUGGCCAUGCAUCGCGCAAGCUGGCUUCCAGCGGCGCCAUGCUUUCUUCCUCGCCUCGGUCGCGCAGCCGUCGGUCAGCAACUGCGCAGGCUCACGAGUCUUUCCACUACCUGUCGCUUCCCCAUUGGCUAAUUGGCUAUCCGUGCCCGAGCUUUUUAGGGGUCGACACCUCUGCCAACCUCCCAGCCCCCACCUUCUCUCCGCCCUCGAAAACCCAAAACCGGAGAAAGAGAGAACGCGGCUAAGGACGGAGAGAAGUCUCGGUUUUCUCAGCUCUUUUUUCUUUUCCGUUUUCCUUUCCGCUUUAUUCCAAUAUACGAGAGAGUGAGAAGUUCUACAUAAAAGAGGAGGAGAAAAGAUGUCUUCGGCGGAAUCAACUCGUGUGGAGAAUGUGUACAUGGCCAAGUUGGCCGAGCAGGCAGAGAGGUACGAGGAGAUGGUAGAAUUCAUGGAGAAGGUGGCAAAGACUGUGGAUGUGGAGGAGCUCAAUGUAGAGGAGCGCAACCUUCUGUCUGUGGCCUACAAGAAUGUGAUCGGGGCCCGCCGGGCCUCGUGGCGCAUCAUCUCCUCGAUUGAGCAGAAGGAGGAGAGCCGUGGGAAUGAGGAUCAUGUUUCCACGAUCAAGGAGUACCGGGGCAAGAUUGAGGGUGAGCUCAGCAAGAUCUGUGAUGGCAUCCUGAAGCUGCUUGAUUCCCACCUCAUCCCCUCUGCCGCUGCUGCUGAGUCGAAGGUGUUCUACCUCAAGAUGAAGGGAGAUUACCACAGGUACCUUGCGGAGUUUAAGACAGGGUCGGAGAGGAAGGACGCUGCUGAGAAUACACUGAUGGCUUACAAGUCUGCUCAGGAUAUUGCACUGGCUGAACUGGCCCCAACUCACCCGAUAAGGCUUGGGCUUGCACUUAAUUUCUCUGUUUUCUACUAUGAGAUCCUGAACUCCCCGGACCGUGCUUGCAGUCUUGCAAAACAGGCUUUUGAUGAGGCUAUAUCUGAGUUAGACACUUUAGGCGAGGAAUCCUAUAAGGACAGUACACUGAUCAUGCAGCUUCUCCGGGACAACUUGACCCUUUGGACCUCUGAUAUCAUGGAAGAUGCUGGGGAUGAGAUCAAAGAAGCUCCAAAGAAGGAAGCAGGAGAGGGGCAGUAAUGGACCCAUCCGUUCUUUCAGGAUGGUGCCAUGUACCCUGGAGUUUGUGGUUUCUUUUAAGUAGAUAUAGUGGCAAUUCACAUAAGCAUGCAGGAUGUCACUCGAAACUGCUGUUGUGUGUGGGUGCACCUCCUUUCUAUUUGACCUACCAGCAAACAUGUUUUACUUAUUGAUUGCUGUUCUAAUUGUGCAAACUCGUUUUCUUUUUUUAUUCAUGUGGUGGAUGGUGUUCUGUUGAAAUAUAUUAAAUUAUAGACUGAGGAUUUGAAAGAGUAAAGAAAGGCAUGUGGCGACUUUGGAUCACUAGUGAACGA